GCAGGCCACACCCAAAUUCCUUGGACCAGUCGAAGAUGGUGCCUAUGCAUGCUUGCUUAGCUGGGAGCUUCGGCUAUAAAUACUGGCCCUUGUUGCAUUGCACCACACAGCUAGCAAGUGCAUGCUCAGUGCUCACUCACUCACUUCUCUUCUUCUUCUUCUACCUGUCAUUAGCGAGCAGACGAUCCAUGGGCGCCGUCAAGGACCUUGUGAGGCUCUUGAUCCUCGUGGAGGUGGCCAUCGCCGUGGCAGGGCCGGCCACCACCGUGGCGGCGCUGAGCGUAGACUACUACGCCAUGGGGUGCCCGUUCGCGGAGUACAUGGUCCGGGACGUGGUGAACAAGGCCGUCAUGGCUGACCCUACCCUCGCCGCCGGCCUCCUCCGCCUCCACUUCCAUGACUGCUUCGUCCAGGGAUGCGACGCGUCGGUGCUGCUGGACUCGACGCCGAAGAACACGGCGGAGAAGGACGCGCCGGCCAACAAGAGCCUGCGCGGGUUCGAGGUCAUCGACAAGAUCAAGCAGAUCCUCGAGUCCCAAUGCCCCGGCGUCGUCUCCUGCGCCGACAUCCUCGCAUUGGCGGCCCGUGACGCCGUGCUCGCCGCGGGUGGGCCAUACUACAUGGUGCCCGUGGGCCGGCGCGACGGUUCCCGCUCCGUCUUCACCGACACCUUCACGGCGCUCCCUUCCCCGUUCCUCAACGCCUCCGCCCUGACCGCCCUCUUCGCCACCCACGGCUUCGACGUCCAGGACAUGGUGGCGCUCUCCGGCGGGCACACGCUCGGGGUGGCCCACUGCGCGUCGUUCAAGAACCGGAUCGCCGCCGAGACGUCCACGCUGGAGAGCGGCCUGGCGGCGUCGCUGGCCGGCACCUGCGCCAAGGGGGACUCGGCGACGGCGGCGUUCGACCGGACCAGCACCGCCUUCGACGGGGUCUACUUCAAGGAGCUGCAGCAGAGGAGGGGCCUCCUGACCUCCGACCAGACGCUGUUCGAGUCGCCGGAGACGCAGAUGCUCGUCAAUACGUUCGCCAUGAACCAGGCCUACUUCUUCUACGCGUUCCAGCAAGGGAUGUACAAGAUGGGGCAGAUUGAUCUCAAGGAGGGGACUCAGGGCGAGGUCAGGAAAUCAUGCAGGGUCGUCAACUCAUACUAGCUAGCUAGCUGCUUAUAAGCAGAUCAUAAGUCUUGUCGGAAAUGCUCAGUGCAUGUUUGUCUACUAGUCUGCUGUCAUACGUGUGUGUAAGUUCUUCAUGUAACACCAUAAUAUAUAGGUGUGUGGUGUUGGGAAACUAGAUACAGUAAUAAAAAUGUGUGUGCAGGGCUUGUAAAACAUGGCGCUAGUAACAUGUAAAGUGAUGGAAUAAGUUGGUACUGGUACACACAAUGAUGCUUUGUUAA